GUGGUCAAGCCCUACCUUGGGGAUCUGACCGAACAGUUCAAAAUGAAAGAUCUGAUUUGUAGAGGUGGGGAGUGGGGAAAUUCGCACAGCUGAAUUGUUCGUUCUUGUUUUGUUUAAUUGGAUAACUGGUUGCUCUGCUCGUUUUUUUCUUGUUCUUCUUUUCUUUUCUUUUUUUUUUUUCUUUUUUUUGCGCUAGAUGGCUGCUGUCAGUGAGUGGCUGCGCGCCUCGGUGGAUCAGCCUCCCUCCCUCUCUCAGCUCUCCGGUCCUGUCUUGCAGCUGCGGACGCGCUUUCACUCCUCACACUUUCUCCUCCUCCUCCUGCCUGCUCCACGGAGCGCUGCUGCCGCUGACCCUGGAUUCAUCCACUCAAACAAGAUGAGGGACAGAUUUUGCUUCACAUAUCCCACCUGUUCUUUCCUCCUGUGUCUACUCUCAGGAGCCUCGUGUUCAGAUGCAGAGCACAAGCUCUUCUCCGUCAUAUUCUCCAACUACAACCAGUACAUACGGCCGGUGGAAAAUGUGUCUGACCCAGUCAUCGUGCAAUUUGAGGUGUCCAUGUCGCAGCUGGUCAAAGUGGAUGAAGUCAAUCAGAUCAUGGAGACCAAUCUGUGGCUGAGACAUAUCUGGAACGACUAUAAGCUGAAAUGGAACCCAAAGGAUUUCGGUGGUGUUGAGUUCAUCCGAGUACCGUCCAGCAGGAUAUGGAAGCCAGACAUUGUGCUGUACAACAACGCAGUUGGAGAUUUCCAGGUGGACGACAAAACAAAGGCUCUGCUUCGUUACAAUGGGGACGUUACCUGGAUCCCUCCAGCCAUAUUCAAGAGCUCCUGCAAGAUUGACGUCACGUACUUCCCUUUCGACUACCAAAACUGCACUAUGAAGUUCGGCUCCUGGACCUACGACAAGGCCAAGAUCGACCUCGUGCUAAUCGGCUCGACCAUCAACCUCAAGGACUUCUGGGAGAGCGGAGAGUGGGUGAUCAUCGACGCGCCUGGCUACAAACAUGACAUUAAGUACAACUGCUGCGAGGAGAUCUACACAGAUAUCACGUACUCCUUGUACAUCCGCCGCCUGCCUCUUUUCUACACUGUCAACAUGAUCAUCCCCUGCCUCCUCAUUUCCUUCCUCACUGUGCUCGUCUUCUACUUGCCCUCUGAUUGCGGCGAGAAAGUCACACUGUGCAUCUCCGUCCUUCUGUCUUUGACUGUGUUCCUGCUCGUCAUAACAGAGACCAUCCCCUCCACAUCGCUAGUGAUACCCCUGAUUGGCGAGUACCUCCUCUUCACCAUGAUUUUUGUCACCCUCUCUAUUGUUAUUACCGUUUUUGUGUUGAACGUCCAUUACCGCACUCCGAAGACACACACCAUGCCCUGCUGGGUGCGGACUGUGUUCCUGGGACUGCUGCCCAGGGUGAUGUUCAUGACUAGGCCAGAGAGGGACCCGGAGAACGUGACUGUGGCUGACAGCGUUCAAGCGGUGCAUUCAAGAUCCUGCGCCAUUCAUUCGUCAGGUACUCUGCAAAAGCAGCACAAACCUCAGGCCCUGGCCUCCAGCGUGGUAUCAAGCCUGACGAACCGCCACCGGCUUCUUAACAACACCGAGCUCUCCAACCUCAACAACCUGAGCGGAGACUCAACCAAAUGUGCCGGCUCUGGAUUCUUGUGCUGCGAAGGCCGAUGCAACUGCUGCUGGCAAAAGAGAUCCGGCAAACUGCCCGCAGACUCUGGAGGAGGGAAUGGUGGGCUAAGCAGCCUGGGGCCCCUGACUGGAGGCAAUGCUGCUGGGGUUGGAGGGGGGAGUCAGUGCUCCAGCUCAGAGUCUCUGGAUGGAGGUAUAAUUUCCUUGUUGCCUCUCUCACCUGAGGUUAGGGAGGCUAUUGAGAGUGUCAAAUACAUAGCAGAGAAUAUGAAACUACAGAAUGAAGCAAAGGAGGUUCAGGAUGACUGGAAGUACGUUGCCAUGGUUAUCGAUAGGAUCUUCCUGUGGGUUUUUGUCCUCGUGUGCAUCCUGGGAACAGCUGGCCUCUUCCUCCAGCCUCUAUUACUCGGGGAGGACAUUUGAUUCACCGUGACAAAACUAAUACUCCAGACUGCUGAACUGCACAGCAUUUGUCGCAAAUAAGUCUCUGGCCGUGGCUUCGAGAGAGAAACACAGAGCAUCCAAAUUCAAGGAGACAGACGGAGAACAAUCAGUGAUUUUAUCAGUGAUUUCUUUUGGUUUGUUUGCCACUUUAAGUACUUUGAGGAUAUGGCUGAGAAAAAAAAAUGGGAAGCACCACCACGAAAGUUUGCAACUCCUUGUUGGAAGAACAGAUGGUAUGUAUUGUUAAAUGAAAGAUCUGACUGGAACAUUUGUGUAAAUUUAGGUUCUCUGAUCUUUCAGUUUAGCAGCAUCCUCUGACGUGAUAAUUCUUUGGGCACAUUCAUAAAAAAUGACUGAACUGCAACUCAACUGGUAUUUUGAAGGCCAUUGUGGGUAAGAGUCUGACUAAAAUAUUCACAUGUGCAGCUCUGAGUCGCAGGAAUCUUCUCUGUCAGAAUUUCUGACUUGAAUGCAGUGUGUCAUCAGCAUCGAUUUAAUUGCAUAUGGAGCAGUGCUGCAGUAGAUUCAAGUAUAAUGUAUAUUGCAAAAUAAGCCAAUACCCUUUCAGAAUCCAUACUGGGUGCCAUGCCAAAAAGUAUAUACAGUACUCUGCAAAGGCUAGAGUCAAAUGAGUAUAAUGCUGUGAAGUGAUGACACUUUCAAAAAUAUCCAAUCUGUUAACACCAUAAAAAGUCCAGUAAACAGAGGAAAAACUGAACUUGGCAGGUUAGUUGUUCCAAGACUUAAUGAAUGAACCCGAUACAGUUCAUCUGUGAAACGAGUCUUCCUCUGUGUUUUAUCCUGUUAUGUUGAGAUGGCAUUCGUCUGUGGAGGACUUAGCAUCUAUUGUAGGAUUCUUUGUUCUGCUUGUCACUAAACAUAAUCUGGCUUUAUUUGUGGGAUCAUUGUCGUGCCGCACACUUCUGGGACCCAUCAAGCUAAUGAUAUAGUGCGACGGAUAAAAGGGGUUAAAAUAUAAACUUGUGUAAAGGUUGAAACAUUUGCACAAUACUGUACAUAAAUAACAUGGCUGUCUGAAAGGUUUUGGGUAUGAUUUAAUAUGCAUGGGUCAGCGGUGGCUUUUUUGCAGACAGCUUAAAACCAAGAGUGUUCAAAGUGAGACAUCCUGUGGUAAUCCUCGUUACUGCAAGGGACUUCUUGGAUGUUACUUGUUACUUGUAAAAUCAUAUAGACCUGUUUACUGAUGUUUAACAAGUUUCAGGUGCAUUAAGUGCUCAAUUUUACAUAAUCCCUGGAAAGUGUAAUGGGUUGAGUCAACUGGAUUUUUUGUCUGUGGAAAUAUUCACACAUGCAAGGUGUGCAAAGUGAAAAACAAAACAACUUGUAAAUACUGAUAACAAACUCUUUUACUCACAUUUCUGUGUAAAUAACCUUGUAAACUGUUACAUAAAGAUGAAUACUAGACGGUGGUUUCUUUGAGAUAUAAAAAUUCUGAGAGUGGAG